CAUCCCUAAUGACAACUUUCCUCAUGUAUUCCAGUGGGUUGAGCUGCUGGAUCUAUAAAAUCUGUACACAGUUCUGUAUUCCCUCCUCAUCUGAGCUUUUAACAACCCACGAAAAGAGGACAAUGCCACAAUCUGGAAAAAACAAACAAUCUUUCUCUGAUCUCAGGAAAAAUCUUCAAGAUCUAAAAAAGUCAUUUGAAGAAGUUGAAGAGCCUGUGAAACAACAGGCAUGGGAGAUUAUUAAUGAUGAAUUGCAAGACAUCCUGAAGAAAUACUCAUUAGACUUAUCAAAAGAACAAAUGAAGAUUUUCAACGACCCCAUUCAUGGUCACAUUGCGCUGCACCCCCUGCUGGUGAAGAUCACAGAUACACCUCAGUUUCAGAGACUGCGACAUAUCAAACAACUCGGAGGAACAUAUCUGGUGUAUCCGGGAGCUUCUCACAAUCGCUUCGAACACUCACUUGGUGUGGCGUAUUUAUCAGGUUGUCUGGUCAAGAUUCUUCAUGAAAAUCAGCCAGAGCUCAAAAUCACCAAACAGGAUUUCCUGUGUGUUCAGAUCGCUGGACUGUGUCACGACUUGGGUCAUGGUCCACUUUCCCACGUAUUUGAUGGUCUGGUUAUUCCUAAAGCAAAAGAAGAGAAAAAAAUAAGAGGCUUGUAUGAUGACAUCCCUGAGACAUGGAAGCAUGAACAGAUGUCAGUGCAGAUGUUUGAUGACAUUGUGAAGAGUUUGAAGACUGAGAAUGAGAAUGUGUUGAAAGAGCACGGACUGGAUGAUAAAGACGUCACCUUCAUUAAAGAGUUAAUCGAAGGGGCUAAAGAUUCAGCGGCUGAGUGGACAUACAAGGGAAGAGCUGAAGACAAAUCCUUCCUGUAUGAGAUUGUGGCAAACAAACAGAAUGGCAUUGAUGUGGACAAAUGGGACUAUUUCGCACGAGACUGUUAUCACCUCGGCAUUCGAAACAGCUUUGACCAUCAACGUCUGCUGAAGUUCUCUAGAGUGUGUGAAGUGAACGGGAGAAAUCACAUCUGUUUCAGAGACAAGGAGGCUGAUAAUGUUUAUGACAUGUUUCGCACUCGAUACACUCUCCAUCGCCAGGCCUACCAGCACAAGAUCUGCAAUAUCAUUGAAGAGAUGUUUGCAGAAGCGCUCGUAUCAGCUGAUCGUGAUCUUCAUGAAGGGAAACCUAAAGAUAUGCUGAAGAUUUCUGAAGCCAUAAAGACAGCAGAGGAAUACAGCAAACUCACAGAUGAGAUCUUUGAGCAGAUCUCGUCCUCCACUGCUGAAAACCUGCAGGAAUCCAGAAACAUCCUGGACAAGAUCUCCAGGAGAAAACUGCCAAAGUUUGUGGGAGAAGCUCGUCUGACUGAGGAAAACAUGUCAAAGGAAAUUCUGACGAAAUCAUGGAAAGCCGCAGUGCAGAAGUACAACCCCACUGACCCGACUGUUUCUCUGAACGCUGAAGAAUUACCAGUUUAUGUGGUUGAUCUGGAUCACGGCAUGAAGGACAAAAACCCCAUUGAAUCCGUCUAUUUCUACAGCAAGAGGAAUCCCACCAAAGCUUCAACCAUUAAAGAUUAUCAGCUGUCCAGUUUCCUGCCAGAGAAGUUUAAUGAAGAGCUUGUCAGAGUUUAUUACAGAAGAACUGAUGAUCAGACAGAUGAAUAUAAGAUGAAGGACAAGAAGAAGGUGGAAGAGGCUGAGAAGUGCUUUCAGAAGUGGUGUGACGACAAUUUUGGACUCCAUUAAUGUGUGUAUGAUUUAUAAUAUCCAAAGUUUAUGGCUGCAGAGUCCGUUUGUUGUCCAUUUGUCGUUAAUGAAUGAAUUACUGAGAUACUUUAUUAGCAAGGAAGUGAAAGAUCAUUCAUGUCUCUGCUAUUGAAGAAACAUUCAGGUUAUGAAAGUAUAAUGGAAAUAUUUAAAAAUUCAAGGAGUGUAAAUUAUAUGAUGGGAAUUGCAUUUUUUUUCUUCAGUCAUUGAUUUAUCAGAGUCAAUCACUGCUUUUAAAAAAACAGGGCCAGUUUUAAUAAGAGCCGGUUAUCUGAUAAAUGUGGGUAAAUUUCAUCUCAUGCAAUUUCAGGGGAAAUGAGUGUGAAUUAUGAAAACUAAUGUGCUUUUUAACUUCUUAUUGAAACUUUCAGUGUUUCACCACACAUCAAAAAUACGUCUAUAUAGUUUAACAGUGAUUCACUCUCUAUUAUUAAAUAAAUUUAAUUUAGUUCAAUCUUUUUGAUUUUUCUGCUGCACAGAUGGUCUAUUUUUACCAUGAAUGGAAAUGUGUGUGUUUAA